CGAGGAGGUUUUCGCUUUCCACUUAACCUGAAAUCUCCAUGUGACAACCACAACACGCUGGGAACAUUUCUAAUCAUUAAAACUAAUUCAUCAAUUUUCUGAUCAUCAUGGGAAAGAAAAGAAAGGGAAGAUGCACUAAACGCAACGUUCACACGGCUGGCUCUGAGCCUGACUAUUUGGCGAGGGCUCCCCAUUCCUUCAUUUUUCACCGUGGCCAUGUCGGAAAGUACGUCCUGAAGUUGGUAAAGGACUUCAGGAAAGUCAUGGAACCUUUUACAGCAUCUCAACUUAAAGUACGUAAAAAAAAUACAAUUAAGGAUCUUGUGGCUGUAGCAGGACCACUUCACGUUUCCCAUUUGGUCAUAUUUACCCUUACAGAAAUCAGCCCUUAUAUGAGGGUGACCAAAGUGCCGAAUGGGCCGACGCUGACGUUCAAAAUUCACAAUUACGUUCUAUCCACGGACGUCGCCUCUUCACUCAAAAAGCAGUAUGAUCACCCCGUUAUGUUCCGAAACGCCCCACUUUUAAUAAUGAAUGGGUUCUCUGGGGACACACCUGAGUUGAAACUAAUGACGGCCACGUUCCAGGGGAUGUUCCCGACAAUAAACGUCACGAAGGUCGAUUUAAAUGAUGUUAAAAGGUGUCUUUUAAUAAAUUACAAUCCUGAUACAAAGUUGCUUGAUGUUCGACAUUAUGCGAUUCGAGUGACGCCUGUAGGUUUAUCGAAAAGUAUAAAAAAGCUAGUGUCGACUAAAGUACCAAAUCUGUCUAGAUUUAAUGACAUUGCUGAUUUUGUCGAAAGAGGAGAUUUGUUGAGCGAGAGUGAAGGCGAGGAUGACCCGAACAGUCAUGUCGAUCUCCCUCAAGUGAUACGAUCGAAGGGGAAUAUAGUCGGUAACAAAUCAGCCAUCCGACUGACAGAAUUGGGCCCCAGGAUGACAUUGCAGUUGAUCAAAGUCGAGGGUGGCCUUAUGGACGGGGAGGUGAUGUACCAUGAAUAUAUUCACAAGACUGAAGAAGAAAAAUUGGAGGUCCACCGCCGAAAAGAGGCAAAGAGAAAGCUGAAACAAAAGAGGAAACAAAAACAGAUGGAAGAUGUGAAGAGGAAAGAGGCCAUGAAAGAAGAACACAAGAAGAAAUCUCUCGAAGGGAUCAAAAGGAAACAAGAAGAAUGGAAAGAAACUGAAACUGACAAAAUUCUCAUUAAAUCGGCAUCAGAGGGCACGGCGAAUCAGGAAGAAGACGAUGACGCUGAAUGGUACAGAAAAGAAGUCGGCGAAGAACCUGAACCAGGCAUGUUUCCACAAGAGCAGCAUAAAAGAAAAAGAGAGCCUUCGAAUUUCAGGCCUUAUAAAAAAGCAAGAACGGGUGGGAAAAAAGUUGGUUGGAAAGACCAAAUUGACAAAAACGAACAGCCAUAUAAAGACGGACAUAAUUUCAAGAGAAGGUUCAAAGAUAAAAAUACCUCUCACCAAGGACGGUUUAAACCUGGCAAUAAGCAACAAUUCAAAAAGAGAGUCGGUACUAAAGUAUCUCGUGGAAAGAGAAGAAUGUAAAUAAAACUAUUUUAUAUUUUCA